ACACAUCCAUAUACUCAUCGUGUCGUCGACCUCGGAUCUAGAGACCAGACAAAGACAUCCAUUCUAAAAUCUCCACACUCACGGUCUAUAUCUCAUAUCUCGAGAAGACCUGACAUCAUACAUCAUCACUGGUCCCCCAUUCUUCUUAACCCAUAUUGCCCAGUAUGGCGUCCAACAACAUGAUCAACCAGGCCAUCGACCCGGAUGUCGAAGACGAGCUGUUCUUGAAGGAGGUCGAGGCCGUCAAGCAAUGGUGGAGCGAUCCCAGAUGGAGAUACACAAGACGGCCGUUCACCGCCGAGCAGAUCGUCUCGAAGAGAGGCAACCUAAAGAUUGACUACCCGAGCAACGCGCAGUCGAAGAAGCUGUGGAAAAUCCUCGAGGGCCGCUUCCAGAACCGCGAUGCCAGCUACACGUACGGCUGCUUGGAGCCGACCAUGCUCACGCAGAUGGCCAAGUAUCUAGAUACCGUCUACGUCUCCGGUUGGCAAUCGUCGUCGACUGCCUCAUCGUCCGACGAGCCCGGUCCAGAUCUAGCAGACUACCCAUAUACCACCGUCCCGAACAAAGUCAAGCACCUCUUCAUGGCGCAGCUCUUCCACGACCGCAAGCAGCGGCAGGAACGUCUCAGCGCGCCCAAGGCCGAGCGCGCCAAGCUCGCCAACAUCGACUAUCUGCGGCCCAUCAUCGCGGACGCGGACACGGGGCACGGCGGCCUCACGGCGGUCAUGAAGCUGACGAAGCUGUUCAUCGAGCACGGCGCCGCGGGCAUCCACAUCGAGGACCAAGCGCCCGGGACCAAGAAGUGCGGGCACAUGGCCGGCAAGGUGCUGGUGCCCAUCUCGGAGCACAUCAACCGGCUGGUGGCGAUCCGGGCGCAGGCCGACAUCAUGGGCACGGAUUUGUUGGCGGUCGCGCGCACCGACGCCGAGGCCGCGACGCUGAUCACGACGACCAUCGACCCGCGCGACCACGCUUUUAUCCUCGGCAGCACGAACCCGCAGCUGCAGCCGCUGAACGACCUGAUGAUCGCGGCGGAGCGGUCGGGCAAGACGGGCGAGCAAUUACAAGCUAUCGAGGACGCGUGGCUGAAGCAGGCGAACCUGCGCCGCUUCGACGAGGCCGUCGUCGACGCGAUCCACGCCUCGCCGGCGCUGCAGAAUAAGAAGGAGCUCGCGGCGCAGUACCUAUCCCGGGCUAAGGGGAAGAGCCUCGCCGAGGCGCGCGCCGUCGCGCACGGGAUCACCGGCGCGGAUAUCUACUUCGAUUGGGACGCGCCGAGGACGAGGGAGGGGUAUUAUAGGUUGAAGGGCGGCUGCGAUUGUGCGAUUAAUAGGGCGAUCGCGUAUGCUCCCUACUGCGACGCAAUUUGGAUGGAGAGCAAGCUUCCGGAUUACAAGCAGGCGGAGGAGUUUGCGAAGGGUGUGCACGCCGUCUGGCCUGAGCAGAAACUGGCGUACAACCUCUCGCCCUCGUUCAACUGGAAGACGGCGAUGCCGCGCGACGAGCAGGAGACGUACAUCCGGCGGCUGGCGACGCUGGGGUACUGCUGGCAGUUCAUCACGCUGGCGGGCCUGCACACGACGGCGCUGAUCAGCGACCGGUUCGCGCGGGCGUACGCCGAGAACGGCAUGCGCGCGUACGGCGAGCUCGUCCAGGAGCCCGAGAUCGAGGGCGGCGUCGACGUCGUCAAGCACCAGAAGUGGAGCGGCGCCACCUACGUCGACGAGCUGCAGAAGAUGGUCACCGGCGGCGUGAGCAGCACCGCCGCCAUGGGCAAGGGCGUCACGGAGGAUCAGUUUCAUUAGUUAGUCGGUUGAUGAUCUUUGGAUGGGAGGGGAGAUUGGAAAGACAGGAUGGGACGGAGGGGAGGGGAUGAAUUUAUAGAGAAAGGCUCUACGCCUGAAGGAAAAUUACUUACACACAUAUAUACAUACCUACAUUUAGGGUCUGGUGUAUUACGGCCGGUAAAUUAUCAUGUCUAUCUACAUAUUAGUUCUAGACAUCGAUGGAUAUGACGAUAGUUACAAUGUUAUGGAA